AUGGGUCUCAAACUCUACGGUAUGCAUCAAGCAACUUGUACUCAGCGUGUACUCACUACACUCGCCGAGAAAGGCGUUGACUGCGAGUUCAUCCUUGUCAACCUUAUGACUGGCGAGCAGAAGUCGCCUUCGCAUCUUGAGAAGCAGCCUUUUGGAAAGAUUCCUGUCCUGGAUGAUGACGGUUUCCUGAUCUACGAGAGCAGAGCCAUUUGCAAGUAUAUUGCUCGAAAGUACUUUGACAAGGGUACAAAGCUCAUCCCUGCAGAGGGAGAUGUGAAAGACUAUGGUUCAUUUGAACAAGCUUGUUCAAUCGAACAGGCGUACUUUGACGCCGAAACCUUCGGUCUCUGGUUCGAAUACUAUAUCAAACCUGGCAGAGGAUUCGGUGCCACUAGCCCGGAGUUGGUUCAAAAAUAUCUCCAAACACUUGAUAACAACCUCGCUGUCUACGACCAGAUCCUCUCGAAGCAGAAGUACCUUGCUGGAGAUGAGUUCACUUUGGCUGACUUGUACCAUCUACCACACGGUACACAGGCAUUAAAAUAUGGAUUUCAAGACUUGCUCGCAAAGUAUCCUCAUGUGAACAAGUGGUGGGAAGGACUUCAAGCUAGAGACAGCUGGAAAGGAGUAGUUGCUGCGGCUGCUUAG